UGGAAUUGUUUCGAUCUCGAGCUUAGAUUGCAAUGGUAGCAUGUAAGAAACACAUGAGAAUAUUCAACACAAGAGUGGUUAUUUGAUAUACACGAAGUAUGGAUUAUUUUAGUGAAGGAAACUUUGUAGGAACUAACAUUGACAACUUUAUUUGAUAUUUUUUGUAAAUUGUAGACAAAGAGACGCUGAAUAUAUGGGUAACGGCUUCAGACAUCGUUAUCAGUGAAUUUUGAAUUGAUCAAACGGGGCCGAACCGAUCAAAUUGUUUUGAACGGAAGUUACAGACAACCUUUUGUCGACUGCAAGUGAAUUGAUUUUUUUGUAGCUUGAAAGGUAGAAUGGAAGGUGGAAUCGAAAAAGACUGUACAGCUCUUGGUGGGCUGUUUCAGACCAUCAUUAGUGACAUGAGGGCCAGCUCUGUGGUUUGGGAAGACUUCACCAGUAAAGCAGCCAAACUUCACACAUCUCUCAAAGCUACACUGGCUGCUAUUGGAGGGUUUCUAGAAGCUUUUCAGAAAGUUGCUGACAUGGCAACAGGGUCAAGAGGUGCUACACGAGAUAUUGGUUCUGCUCUGACCAGACUUUGUAUGAGGCACAAGAGUAUAGAGUCCAAAUUAAAGGCAUUAACAGGGUCUAUAAUUGAUAAUCUAGUCACUCCAGUACAGGAACAUAGCGAGGAAUGGAAGAAAACAGUAGCACAACUAGACAAGGAACAUGCCAAAGAAUAUAAAAAAGCUCGUCAGGAGAUCAAGAAAGCAGCUUCAGACACCAUGAGACUUCAGAAGAAGGUCAAGAAAGGUAAAAAUGAGAUGCAGUUGAAGCUAGAUAAUGCUAUGGAGGAUGUGAACAAUAAAUAUCAAGCUCUAGAGAUGGCUGAAAAGAAUGCUGUACGGACAGCUCUGAUUGAGGAACGCAGCCGCUUCUGUUUCUUCAUUAGCUACCUUAGACCAUUUGUUGACCAUGAGGUGGGCCUGCUGACAGAAGUCACCCACCUCCAGGAGAUUAUGGACCACCUAUGUAUGCAGUGUAAUGACCCGCACACCCUUCCCCCAGCCAGUGAACAGGUCAUCAUGGAUCUGAAGGGAUUUGAUACCAAUAGUGUGUGGAACUUCUCUCAACAUUCACCCCCAAGCUCUCCAAGUUCAAUAGGAUCGCGUAAAUCCAGCAUGUGCAGCAUCAAUAGUAUUACCUCCUCUUCCAGCGGCUCCUUAAAAUCACACUCCCCCAGUCACCUAAAUCAUCUCAGAAACUCCGCUCAGACAUUACCAAUGGGUACAGCACGAUUAACGAGCGUUUCUUCCCAGGACUCCGGAUUUACAUCACAAGAUACCCUGUUUCUGCGACCUGCUACUCCCACGUCAUUAAAAAUUCGCCAAAAGGACACUGAUCAGAUCAGCACAGAUAAUGCAGACGCAGACUCGCAGUCCUCCACCCCCUCAGACAACACACCGUCAGCCAGCUCCACCUGGACAAACUGGCCAAACCCACCCAACUCCAACACAAAAGCAGAUGACAACAGACCACAUACAAUAUCUUCUGCUUAUGAAAAAACACAUAAUAGACCAGCCCUAUCAGCCAAUCUGUUUGAGCCACCUUCAGAAAUGGCAGAAGAGGAAGAUGUUCAGAUGAGGAACAAGAAGAAAGAGAGGUCUAAUUCCUCCUCAAGUACAGGGUCAGGACAGUACGCAAGACCGCAGUCGGCAACCAUUAACAAGAUGCAACCUGUACUGCCACCUCUGGCUCCAAAACCAAAGUCAAAGGCAGUGCCACCUCCCAAAGUCCCAACAUUAGGAGAAGCCCCAGCAUAUGUAAACAUGAGUGACCUAGCAAACAUGGCUGCCAGCAGGAGGAGAGAAUCCGGCACAGAUGUAAGCCCACAAUCUACAGAGCUCCCUAUGGACCUGGUGGAAGCAAUCCAACAGUUAGAUAAUGCUACCGCUGCAUUAAACAGCGAGUAUGAACAAGAGGAAGAAAAACACAAAGCCAAGAUGAAAAGGAACACUAUUGAGCUGGCCAGAGCGAUUCAGGAGCUGGAGGUUAGUACAGCUGCACUGGAGUCAACGUAUGAAGUGGACAGUAGCACCAGUCAGCACUCACUGCAGUGCUCCAGUGGAUAUGGUACGAUGAAUAACACACCAGCCAACUCACAGGACACCAUUGCCAUGGGAGAUUUUGAUCAUAAUACAACAGAAUGCAUAUCUGGCAAUGAAAAAUAUUUCACCAUCCCUCGUAAUUCAGAAAUAGGAAAUAUGUUCAGAGCUGAAAUGCAGGCUAAGAGACCAGCCUCCACUGCAGGUAUCCCAGUUUCAAGACAAACAGGUGCCCCUAUUACAAGGAGGAGUUCAAUGAACACUCCUAAACCACCACCUCCUGUACGACGAUCAUCCUCUAUCACAACAACCAACCCACAUACUCUACAAAGACUCAGAAAUACACCUCCAAGGCAGCUCCAGCAGCCUUCUCAUGGUCAGGAGCACAACCCUAACCGUACCUCACUUCAUCGCCGUAGUAACAGCUCUGGAGGAGAACCAGCCUAUGCUGAAUUACAGACAAUUCAAAUGAGUAUUCAUGCUAGGCAACAAUUACACUAUCAGCCGGAGGCAAGUCCCUAUGCAUCAGUGGACACCCAGCAUAUAGCUUAUUCAGCCCCUCCUACUCCCUCUCAACAAGGGAACAGAUCAAUGCCACCUAGUGGACAUUACCAACCCCAUAAUGCUAAUCAAGCAGAGCUGAUGCAGAAACUCAAUGCCCAGUUCUCAGCAUUGAAUGCUGCGUAUCAGCAGGAGGAUGAUAGUCUUCCCCCACCUCCACCAGAACUAGUCCAACUUGACCCUGAUCUGCCUCCCCCUCCCUCAGCCGCAGAGCUGGAGGAGAUGGAGAAAGUUUACAGUACCCCAGCAGUACAGCGUCCUCCACCAGUGAACCCCAAACCUGUACAACAGGGAGCGGACCCCAGCAGUCUGAGGGCUUCUCUUGUGUCAGAACUGCGAGGACUACGUAAAAUGUCCAGUAGUGAAAAUGGUUCAGAAUGCUAGCAGUGUAUCAGGAGUGAGUGAUUUGUGUAUCAUGAUAUUUGCUGUCAGAAAGACUUGACAGUUUAUAUUAUUUCCUAUUGUACAUGUAAACUUCACAGGUACCAACUUAUUUUAUGUUCUUCACUGCUGCAUGUACAGUUGCUAUUGUGCAUGUUUUUGAAUAAUUUUGUUUUAAAUACUAUUCAUGUUUUAAUUUAUUUUCACUUUAAAGUACUUUCCAACAGUGAAGAAGUCAUUGUGAUAUGAAGGCAAUUAUACUUGUUUUUCAUUCCUGUACAUAUGUAUGUUUCUUUUUCGUAAAUUGUGGUGCAAUCACAUUAGGUUUUGGUCACAGCUUCAAUUCAGUUGUUUUUGCAUAAUACAGGUUUGAUCUGACUUUAAAGUUGCAUUCAGUUUAGUUGAUAUUAACCUUCCUUAUCUUUUAGAAUCCAAAAAUUUCAUAUGUGAUACAGCUGAUGAAACAUCUGUGCACAAAUAUUUUGAAUUUAGAACAUGAGAUAUUUUUAUGUUGUGUAAAAUAGGACCUGCAGUCCUCUGCAUUAGGGAUGUAGCUGUCUUUUAAGUUCUUGUGUGCCAACAACUGUUGAUACAGUGUUAAACGACCAUUUCAUAUACAUGUAUUCAUUGAUCUUCCAGUUCAUAUUUUGUCAUGUUAAAUCAUUAAUCAGGGAGAGAAUGUCAUUGCUAUACUGACAUUGUAACAGAGUAAUGUGAAUAUUCAUUGUAAGCUUGAGUUUAAUGUGUGUCAAGUUUGAUUGGUGAAUCAUUUCAUCCAAUUAUGUACAAAUCCACAUUCAUUUCAGUCAUUGGUCAUUUUUGCCAUUGUUCGAUGGUUACAUAGUGCAAUUUUUCAUGUAGUGCGAGUUUUUUUCUAGUAUUAAUUUUACAGUGUGCUGCUAUUGAUAAUAAUUUUAAUGUCACUUGUAUUCAACAAAGAACAGCUUUACUUUAUCAGUAAGGGUUAUAUGCACUACAUCUACCUAUGUUAAUAUUAUUUUUAUUUUUUUUUUUACCAACUCACCAUUGUACCGUAUUAUUCAAGUUAAGAGUAGAAAAUGAAACAAAAAUUUAGAUUCAAAAGACCAAUUUCCAAUAAUGAAUGGAUAUUUUCUACAUGUAAUUUUAACCACACUUUGAAAGCAAUAAUUUUUUUUAAGUCCUUAAUCCAGAAGCAGCAAUACAAUUGUUGACUAAGCAGAAUAAAGCUUGUAUAUUUUUAUAAUCGGUUCUAACAAGUCUGUGUUUUAAAAGCAGUGGAACUGUGUAAUAUUGCCAGUAGUUUGUGACGUACUGUUGUUAGUAAAUGUAUUACUAGCUAAAGGUAGGACAGUUUAUGAUAUGUUGUGCAUAUAACGUGCUGGAAAUAAAACAAACAUGUUAUGA